AUGAGCUGCGCAACUGGGGCACACGACAACUCCGAAGGAUGGAGGCUGAUCUUGUCAAAAACCAGGAAUGCUGCAGGCAGAGGUGGUAGCAACAGCAGGAAGCGGGACCUGAGGUCAUGUCUGUGGCUGAGAGACCACGAUCCCUGUACGGUAGAUGGCUUGCUCGAGGCUGCUCUCGUUGGAGACGACAAGAAGACGAGGCUCGCGGCGGCGGGAACGCUUUUGGCCGUGACUGAUGCUCUAGAAAAGGCGUUGUGGCCGAUCGAGAAGGGCGGGCUAUCUCCCGCUCGCGGGGCGACUACUAGGCCGGGACCGCCAUCGUCGCAGAGCAAAGCCUCUUCGACAGGGGUGCAGGUGGAGGCGGCGACAGCGGCGGCGGGGGCUGGGGAUAGAACGCCCUCGCCAACGGCGGCAGUUGCGAAGACCACGACUGGGACGGCGGCGGCUGCUGCCCGCCCCACCGCCCUUGCCUGCUUCGCUGCUGAGUGCGCCCUCGCGCUGACGUCGGCGUGUGCGUUAGUGGCGUCGGCGGUGGCGUCGUCUACCGGCCCGGCGACACCUGAGGCCGCGGGCGCGACAGGACCGGCAGCAACACCGGUGCCCUUAUCUGCGGCAACGACAGCAGCCGGAGGCGGACAUACGGACGAGGGCAGCUGCGGCGAGAAGGGGGCGGAGGUUGCACCAGUAGUCGAAGCGGAUGAUAUCUACCGAGAUAGUGGGAGGGGAGAAACCUCUCCUGCGAGACAGGCAGCGCUCGCGAGGUCGCGAGGUGGGCCGGUGCGGGCGACGGAUGGUGAAGAGGAGGCAGGAAAGAAGGGGGCGGGGGAGGAAGAGAGAGAGCAGACGAGGGCGGCGAUUGCGAAGGAGCGGGGGGCGGCAGAGGAGCCGCAGGGCCGGUGGCGAGCGUUGAGAGUGCUGUCCGAGCUCUUGCCCUCGUCCACAAUCCCCCUCCUUGUUUUGGCGGAAGCGUGGCUCGGCGGGGUGGCGGAGGAGGGUGCGUCCGUUGGCGCAGUCGGCAGUGGAAGCGGCCGCGGCAACGGUGGUAGUAACGACAGAGAUCUCUACAACAGGCAACCUGGUUCCGAUGGACGCGGCCCUGGCGGUGUCCGAGCAACGUCUCGCGGCGAAAACGCCUACAGUGGGGUUUCGGUUUCUUGGGACAGUAGAAGUGGUUGGUCUGAAGCGGGCCGCAGCGCGCGCCUGCCCUUCGGCGACGUCCGAGGCGCGGUCGCGGGAGAGGGGGGGAGGGGGCUCGCGGCGACGGCGGUGCGCGAUCUAGUCGCGGUUCUUGUGUCGGUGGUGAACGUGGCCAGAAGGUUGGAGGAGCGAGAGGCGGAGAAAAGGCGUGUGCUUGAGAGAGACGGGCUGGAAGAAAGCGAAAUCUCAUCGCCUAGACAUGGACGAGAUGUUGUACUAGGCGGGAUGGUCAAGCACGCAGCUUGGCACCUGGCGAGGACGAUGCCGUCGAUUUUGAGCAGCCGUCGUUGGCCUACAGCGCAGCUCAAAGGCGGCGGCGGCGGCGGGUCGGCGGCAGGAGGAAGAAGGGGAGGGGGGGGCGUGAGAUCGGAGCUGCUGGAGUUGGUUGGAGAGCUCCGCGCGUGCGAUCCAAGGGUGCUCGAGAUGGCCGGCAUUGAGCCUCCCGAGGGUGUAGAGGAGGGACGGUGGCUUACCCUUCGUAACCUCUGCAUCUGCGUCGGUGGGGCAAGGACCAAGGACGUGUUUCGUGCAGGCGUAGUCGGGGGGCGCGCGGAUGGGGACGAUGGUGGUGGUGACGGGGAGGGUGGCGGUGACUUGGUGGGAGCUUUGCAGGAGGCUUUGAUCCGUUCGUUUUGCGGUUCCAAGCCCGAGGCACAGAAGCUUGCUUCUUCGGCUCUGGUAUGGGUCAUGUCUGCAGCGUUGGAGGAGAACAAGGACAAGUCCGGGUCGUUGGGGCCCACGAAGGACCGCCUUGAUGUCGGCCCGCUGUUGGGGCUGUUGGGCCAAGCGGGGGAGGGGGGUGGCGAUAGCGGUGCUUCGGAUGCGGUGUGCUUGGUAUUGACGGGGUUGGCGGUGAACUACCCCUUGCUCGUCGUGCCGAAGGUGCUGCGAGCUGCUACUGGAGACCCAGGCCCCGCCGCCGAUACGCCCCCCGGGGAUGCAUCUGGGGCGUCCCCUGGUUGGUCCGCAGCUGCUCGGUUGCGGCUCACCGUGAUUCUCGCAGACGCCCUCCGUUGCACAGAUGGCGGUCGCCUUGGGCAUGUGCGUUUUUCAGCCCGCGACGAAGAUGGUGGCAUUUCUCCGUUCGACGGCGUGGGAGAACACCUUAUCCAAUGUCUCGGCAGCGACGACUUGCGGCUGCGGAACGUUGCCUCCGAAGGCCUCGUUUCCUUGGACCCGGGGUGGGUGGUCCCCAGGCUGUGCCGGCGGCUGUCGGAGCGGGAGGCGGGGGAGGAAGGCACCACCGGACGGCGGCAAGACGGCGGCGGCGACGGAGUCUACGACGGCAUCGGAGGGUCUGGAUGGGAAUCACGCGGAAGAUCUGCCGCCCUCCAGGCCCUUGGAAACCUCAUCGUGCAUGGAAUCGACCCACCGGAUGCCCUCUCCGCCUUGCUGGACUCCCUCCGAAACGACCCGCCUCCCGAACCUAUUGGAAACCUUGCCGAAGGGGGCGGCGGGGGUGGAGGCAGCGACAGCGGUGUUGUUGGCAGCGAUGACAGGAAGUCGAAAGGUUUGGUGGGCCGCGUGAUGGGGUCGCUGCCCCUCUGGGCCCGUAGGCUCAAGAAGCGCUCGGACGCCGUCCAUGAGCCGGAGGAAGCUCUCGUUGUCUCGAGGCAAGCCGGCCGUAGUCCUGCCGGUGGUCCUACGGGAGUGGUUGUCGCUGCUGAGGAGGAGGACGAGGAGGACGAGGAAGCCGAUGCAACACUGACUACGGCGUGGGUAGUCGCUUCGCCAACCCUAUACGGCGAAUGCCUGGAGGUCGCGGCGAUCAAGGCCCUAGCGGCACCCGGGGAGCCUUUGCCCGUGCGCUUCUUCGCUGCCCUUGCUGCUGCUAGUAGUGCGAGUGGUGGCGGUGUUGACAACGCCACCGGCGCUGAUGACAAGGUCGAUGGUAGAACCAGCGCGGCUGCCGCUUCAGUGGUUCCAACAGACGUUGCCGAGGACAUUUCAACGGUUACGUUGUCCCCAACGGAUACGCCAGCUUCCACGGAAACAUCGGCAGCAGGAACACCUGUUACUUGCACGGGGGAGGAACAUCAGUCGGGGUUGCUCAGCGCGGAGAGUGUAGCAACGGGGGCAAGAACGGCCGUGGGGGGCGAGGCAAGGGCAGGAAGAAGACGGAAAAGGAGUGGGGGGUGCUCCAAGAGGAGGAGGAGGAGUACCCUUGCGGGGGUGCUGCAGCUCGUUCGCGGAAGGAUGACCGGCCAAGCGCGCUUGUCGGAAGACCUUCUGGGAGACGAGAGCCAGGAGGCCUCCGAGACGGUGAGGGCCCUGCUGUUCUGCCGCCUCACCCCGCUGCUCAUCCUCAACGCGCUGCCCCCGGCCGCCCUGCUGUCGGAGGACCAGCAGGAGCAAGCAAUGUCCAUGGAGUUCUCCAAGGAAGAUUUGCAUGGUUGUGGAGUAGGGUCCCGUCGCCAUGGGUCUCCAGUCGCCGGCGGUAGUGAACCGACAAAAGGGGGUCCUCCUCCGUGCGGGUUGGGGGCGUGUCUGGAGGAAAUACGGGCCCUCCUUCUGGAGAGGACGGAGCAGCUGUACGAGUAUGACCAGAGGGCGCUCUUCACAGCUUGCCACGCGGCCACGAGCCACGGGGCUUCGGUGGGGCCUUGGCUAGCACCGCUUCUUUCGGCCAUCGUCCGAGUCGCGCUGCUCCCGGUGACGUCGGACGCGGACGACGACGUGGCACAGGUCCAGAAAGCGGCGAUGAACUGCCUUGCGGUUCUCCUCCAAUCCUCGGCGCAAGCAACCGCCGCCACCAGCGCGAAAAUUGAUCUCGCUUCGAAGGCCUUCGAAUGGGAGAUCACUAGUUCUGUCGUCCCAGAAACGGGGAUGAUAUCGUCAGACGCCGUCCCAUACGCGAUCUUUUCGCCAAUGGAGAUCGGAGACGUUCCCGAGCUCGCAGGGAGCGUGGCGGUCGGGGGCGUGCUGCCCGAACGAUUCCGCGGUGGGGAUGAAGGGUCUUGGCUUGACAAGUCAUUGAAGGAGGCCUUCCGACGAGAGGGGAGACAGGAAAACGGAGAGAAAGUGGGGGCGGAAGGGGGGAGUGAUGAGGGUGGCAGCGGCAGCGGUGGUGGACGGGUUCCGGCAUUGCCGGCACAGUUGCGCAUGUGCUUCGCGAAUUCCGCGGUGACGGUGGCGAGGCGGUGCCCGCCGGAGUCCCUGCCGGCUCUUUGCAGCCGCGGGAAUCUUCUGGGAACGUUCCUGACGGGGGCGUCUCGUGGCAGCGGCCUGCUUCGGGCGGCUUGCCUACAGGCCUUGUUCGCGCUCGUGUACCGGACAAAGAACGUGUUUGAAGGCGGCGCCAUCAGCGGCAGCGGCAGCCGGGUCGACGUGAGCUGCACGUGCGAUGGCGUCAUGCAGGUGGCGUGCGAUGCGCUCGGAAAGGAUCAGCACCCGGAGGUCCGCGUAUCUGGGCUGAAGCUCCUUCUUGGCGUAGUGGCCGCUGGAGCUUCCCCGAGCGCUGCGGCGGCAAAAACUUCACCGGUCCCAUCACGGGACCCCCACGAACAACCCCCCACCUUCAUCUCCGAUGCUGGUGGUAUCGGGAAUGACAGAGGUAUCACCGAAAUUGGCGGUGGUGGUGGUCCCGGUCGUGGUGUUGAUGAUGGCGUUGGUGAUGUCGGCCGUGUUCGGGGUGAUGGGGGUGAUGGGGGUGUCGGUGCUGGCGUCAAUAGGGCUACCUCCGGCGGAAUUCCGAGCGGGACCGAGAUCGCCAUCAGCUUGAGCGGUUCAAGGGAGAGAGGGACAGCAGGGAUACGGGAAGCGAAAACCUUGAUGAUGCCAGACCGGCAUUGCGACAAAAGUGAUACCCUCGCCACCGCCGCCGGCGCCGGCGCCUCCACCGGAGGAAGCGUCUUGUCCCCAGCGGUGAUGUCGAGGGCGAAACGCCUGCUGAUAGGGCUUUCGAACAUCGACGAAAGCGCAGAGGUUAGGAAACUGGCGUCGCAGGCUCUUGCGGCAUUGGGAGGAUCUUCCACCUCGUGACGUUUCCUUGAGCCAUUGGGGCUGCCCAAUGCUGGGCCGACUCGAAAGGGUAUGGAACGCAAUGACUGAUGUUAGUUCCAUUGCGUUCCGCGCAUGCGUGCGUAUGCUGAACACGCUUGUUAACAUGACUAUGU